GCGGCGUGGAAUUACGUACGAACUUAUUCGUGCAUAUAAGGGCUCGCAAGUGCUACUGUUUUUACUACUUGGAGUCAAUAACCCAAAAAGGAAGAAAAAGGAGUGCGAUUAUUUUCCAAUUAUUCAGGUUGUAUUAUUGUUGAUUUCUAAUAAUGAGUGAUAAUCUAGUUAAAAAAGUUCAUGCAGCGUUCGACUUGUACGGGCUAUCAAUAACAAAGAAACUGUGUGCUACGAUAGCAAAGCAUUUACAAAAUAAUCCAGAUUUGGAUCCAAAGAGUUGGCUAACUAAAGUUGUGGAACAGAUACUGACUCAAAAUUUACCAACAGCUCAGGUUGAACUGGAAAAUAUAAAACAGGCCCUGAAGGAAUGUGUUAAACCAGAGAGCACAUUGAAAGAAUCAGAGUCUGUUCUUAAUGUUAUAGACGUUUUCACAGUACCAAAAGUUGUAUAUGAUCUGAAUAAAAAGAAGUAUGUCUUACAAAAGAUUAACGAAGAGUUGUUUCCUGAUGCCAAGUACAAAUCGUUAGUAUUUAAAGAACGUUUAGAUUUGCUGUGGUACAGAACAUUGAAACAUGCUACAUUUGCUCCAUCUAAAUUUGGAAAAACUGAAGAAAACAAAUUACAGUUAGUUCCAAUAGAAUACCUACUUAGCGAGUCCAAAACAAAAGAUGUUUGCGUCAUGGGUCUGUUGGCUCAGCUCAAAGAGGGACAAUACUAUCUAGAAGAUUAUGGUGGAUCAGUCAAGAUAAAUCUUAAAGAUGCCUUCUACAGUUCUAGUUUGAUUAUGGAAGGUUCCAUUGUUGUGGCAAAAGGAAGAUAUAUUGAUGGGGUUUUACGAGUUGAAAAUAUUGACUUUCCCCCACCAGAAGUUUCAGAAAGUAGCCGUGCCAACUUUGGAGAUGCUAACACUUUUGGCGGAUCACACCCUAUAUUACUCAAGUUAUCAGAAAAAUUAAAGGCAUAUGAAGAUGCAAAUAAAGCAAAUUUCCUUAUCUUUGUUUCAGAAUUUUGGGUAGACAAUGAAGCUAUACUGAACAAAUUUAAAGUUUGCAUGUCUGGCUAUUCUGAUACACCUCCAGUUGCAUUUGUGAUUUGUGGGCAUUUCUUAAGUUCUCCAGCAAGUAUGGACAGUGUUAAAAAAUUAAAAGAAGGCUUUAAAAAACUAGCUGGCAUGAUUACAGAAUUCCCUUUAAUACAUCAACACACAGAAUUUAUAUUUGUACCUGGUCCUUUUGAUCUUAGUGCUCCAAAAAUUUUACCUAGGCCUCCUUUGCCAAAGUAUAUAAUGGAAGAUUUUAUGAAAGUUGUUCCAAAAACGCGUUUAGCUACAAAUCCGUGCAGAAUACAAUAUUGCACAAAAGAAAUCGUUGUUUUCAGAGAAAACAUGCUGUCCAAGUUAUCCAGGAAUACAUUGUACUAUCCAAAAACAGAAAUAGAUGAAAAUGGUGAAGAUAGAGGACAAAAGGUUUAUGAAUCGUUCGCUCGGUCAAUAAUUCGUCAAUCGCAUUUAGCUCCACUGCUGUUUUCAGUUAUUCCUGUAUAUUGGCAAUAUGACCAAGCGUUACAGCUUUAUCCAACUCCAGACGUUAUUGUUGCCGCCGACGAUUUUCAACCAUACAAAACUACUUAUUACAAUUGUCAAGUGAUUAAUCCUGGACCAUUUAUAAAAAGCAAUUUUUCUUUUAAAGUGUAUGUUCCAUACGAAAACGUAGUAGAAGAUUGCGAUAUACCUGACGAUGAAAACUGAGUUUAAGCAAAAAUGCUUGAAAUGUAUCAUUAUAAAGCAAUGUAAAUAGUUUUAUAUUAUUAGUAUUUAUAAGAUUUAAAUUUUAAAUCGUUCAAAUAACGUGUACAGUGUAUUUAUUAAAAAAAUAUAUAUGUAUAUAAUUUCACUUGUUGAUUGCAGUUUGAUUUGAUUAUUCAAAAUUGGUGUAAGCAAUUAACAAAAAAUUUAAUAACUUGCACAGUGAGGAAUUUUAAGAGGAAAAAGGUUUGUUUAAAAUCAAUCAGUGUACUUGAUUUUUAAAAAUAAUUUUAUCAGAAUUCAAAUUAAUAGAGUAUAUGUGACAAAACAAUUAUUACUUUUAAAUACUAUAUGUACAACAAUAUUAUUUGACUUUUAACAUAACAAGCACAAAGUCGAUUCAGAUAUAAUGGCUAAGAUACAAUCAGACCCAACUUUAUAAUUAUAAUAAUUUUUACUACUUGCAAUAAUUUUGAAAAUUAUUUAAUUUCAUUUGAUAAAAAUAUAUCGAAAGAUAGAACCGACUUUCCUGAGUAAUUACUGAGUUACGUAUCACAAUUUAUGCAUACCGAGGCACUUGUAAACCAUGCGGUAUUAUGUUCAAUUUUGAUUACACAACUCUGCAACAUUAACUCUAUGUUAUAAUUUAUAUGUACGUUAAGAAAAUUGAAGAGUUUUUCUUUCUUAACCGUUCCAAUUUGUGAGCGAUCGCGGUCGGAUAAAAAAUUGUGUAUGACAAAAUUUCCUUAACAGAACCACAGAAUCCACACAAAGAAGAAAACAAAAUAAACGAAAAUACUGGACUAUUGCACA